GCGCCGAAGAAAGCACAGAAAAUGUCUCUGAACGAGUUCCUGGGCGAUAGCGCCCUGGGAUCUUGGGCCGACGAGAUGGAUUCUCUUCCGACUGCUCCUGCCGCAAGAGCGGAUGGGGAUGGGCAGAGGGGCGACCGCCGUCGGGACGACUUCCUUGCAUCACGUUCGGAUCGCGCGCCCAUGCGUGAGGACCUCCCGUUGCCGACAGAACCUCCGUUCACGGCGUUCAUCGGGAAUUUGGCAUUUGACAUCACCGAACUGGAACUGGAAGAAUUCUUUGGUGGGGUGCGUACCAAGUCCGUCAAAAUAAUUAAAGAUCGGGAUGACAAGCCGAAGGGUUUUGGCUACGUUGAAUUCAACGACCUAGAUGGUCUCAAGGACGCUAUCGCAAAGUCAGGCUCGACCCUUGCUGGCCGUGGCAUCAGGGUUAGUGUAGCUGAGCCUCCAAAGGAGCGCUCCGGAUUUGGUAGCGGGGGUUUCGACGACGAUGCCAAGUUCGCAGGACCUUGGAGGCGGGACGGACCUCUUCCAGACCUUCCUUCUCGAGGCGAUGGUCCUCGACGGCGCUUCGAUGGACCGCCAGGAGCAUCCCGUGAACCACCUCCUCCAUCCCUCUCCGAUACUACAUCCGAUUGGCGUUCCUCUCGUUCGGCAGCCCGUGCCCCAUCCGCUCUGUCUCCGCAAGAGUCUGAAGGUUCCUUCAAGCGCCGCGGGCCCCCUUCGCGCGAGCCUGCUCCCAUAAGCGCUGCCGACACUGAAGAAACUUGGACGAAGGGUGCGAAGUUCCGCCCAAGUGUCUCUCAGGAGGGCGGAGAUCGUGCUGAGCGACCGGGAAGCCGAUUUGGUAGUCUGCGCCGAAGCGACGUGGGUGGUCCUCCGAGCGUACAGGAGGAGAGCGACUGGAGGCGGCCUCGGACUAUCUCACGAAACUCAACGUCGCCCAACAGCUCGACCCCGCCCACUCCGCAACUGGGUCGCCGUAAGCUCGAACUGCUUCCCCGUUCAUCAGCCUCUACCGCCCCUUCCCCUCUUGCUUCGCCCAAUCCCUCCACCGGUCCGAGAUCCAAUCCCUUCGGUGCUGCGAGGCCCGUCGACGUGUCCGCGCGAGAAGCCGAGGUGCAGCAGAAGAUCGAGAAGGAGCGUGAAGAAGUGCGCGAGAAGGUCGCGCACGCCCCCAUGUCCCGUACUUCCUCCCGGACAAGCUCCCAGCGUCCGACCCCGCCGACUACCUCCCCUCCUUCCAACGUGCAAAGUCCGACUACGCCUCAAUCUGAGGCCCGUGCCCUCCCCGCCUCCAAUGUUCGACCGACGUUCAGCUUCGCCUCCGCCGCAGCCGGGAAGAAGGACGCAAGCGAGGGCGCUAAGGACGAAGUUUCCAAGAUCACAGAGAAAAUCGACGAGGUCGAGCUGGAGUCGUCCGAGCAGUGA